AACCAUUAUUAUUUAGGAAAAAGAAAAAGAAAAGAAAGGGGCAGCUUGCGGGCGGUGGGAUAUUGGGAUAGCAUUUAUUUAUCAACUUUGCCGAACUUCCCUGUGGUGCAAAGCGAUAGUUGGUUAAGCCACUAGGGAGUUCUCUCUCUCUCCUGCCGAAGGUGAGGAGUAGAAGUUCUCUCUAUUCUCUCUUUCUUCAUAGUUUGCUUCUUCUCUCGUUCUGUUUUACGUUGAUCUAUUGUCCUGCAUACGUGAGUUCUGAAUUUGACGUGGUUGGACGCAAAGCUUCAGUUGUGGUUCGAAGGGAGUUGAUGACAGUUAAUGUGAGAGAUUGGAAUUGAUGAAAAUGAUGGUAACAGGUUAUGUUUCUGCUAUGAAUUUGAGUGGCCAAACUAAUAUGAGAUACCUGGGGAGCUCAUAUUCCACCCAAACAUCUGCUUUCCCUAUUAGUUUGCAAUUUAAAACUCCACUAGAAUCUCAAGGCAGUGGUUUCAUGGGUCAUCACUUGAAAUUUCCAAAUUCACUUGCCAUUGUAACAAGCCCCAGGAAGCAUGCUGGCUAUUUGCAGGUUAUUUGCAUGGACUAUCCAAGACCAGAACUUGAAAAUACUGUUAAUUUUUUAGAAGCUGCUUACUUAUCUUCAUCUUUUCGUAGCUCUCCUCGUCCAAGUAAACCAUUGCAAGUUGUUAUAGCUGGUGCAGGUUUGGCUGGUCUUUCUACUGCAAAAUAUUUAGCAGAUGCGGGUCACAAACCCGUACUAUUGGAAGCAAGAGAUGUUUUAGGUGGAAAGGUGGCUGCUUGGAAGGAUGAUGAUGGGGACUGGUAUGAGACAGGCUUACAUAUAUUCUUUGGAGCUUACCCAAAUAUCCAGAACUUGUUUGGAGAACUUGGUAUUAAUGAUCGGCUGCAGUGGAAGGAGCACUCUAUGAUAUUUGCAAUGCCAAACAAGCCAGGGGAGUUCAGCCGUUUUGAUUUCCCUGAAUCUUUGCCUGCACCUUUAAAUGGAAUCUGGGCCAUCUUAAAGAACAAUGAGAUGCUGACUUGGCCAGAGAAAUUGAAGUUUGCUGUUGGACUCUUGCCUGCAAUCCUUGGCGGACAGGCAUAUGUUGAGGCUCAAGAUGGUCUGUCUGUUAAAGACUGGAUGAGGAAGCAGGGAAUACCUGAUCGAGUUACUGAUGAAGUGUUUAUUGCCAUGUCAAAGGCACUUAACUUCAUAAACCCAGAUGAGCUUUCAAUGCAAUGCAUUCUGAUAGCUUUGAAUCGAUUUCUUCAGGAAAAGCAUGGUUCAAAGAUGGCCUUCCUAGAUGGUAACCCUCCUGAGAGACUAUGCCUGCCAAUCGUUGAUCAUAUUCAGUCACUUGGUGGUGAAGUCCAGGUAAAUUCACGAAUACAAAAGAUAGUGCUGAAUAAUGAUGGAACCGUGAAGCAUUUUAUGCUUAAUAAUGGGAGUGUAAUUGAAGGAGAUGCCUAUGUGUUUGCUACUCCAGUUGAUAUCUUAAAGCUUCUUUUACCUGAAGACUGGAAAGAGAUUCCAUAUUUUAAGAGAUUGGAGAACUUAGUUGGAGUUCCAGUAAUUAACGUUCAUAUAUGGUUUGACAGAAAGCUGAAGAACACAUAUGAUCAUCUACUUUUCAGCAGAAGCCCCCUCUUGAGUGUUUAUGCAGACAUGUCUUUAACAUGUAAGGAAUAUUAUGAUCCAAACAGAUCAAUGUUGGAGUUGGUUUUUGCACCAGCGGAAGAUUGGAUAUCGCGGAGUGAUGUGGAAAUUAUUGAGGCUACCAUGAAGGAGUUAGCAAAGCUCUUCCCAGAGGAAAUUGCUGCUGAUCAGAGUAAGGCCAAGAUUUUGAAGUAUCGUGUUGUCAAAACACCACGGUCAGUUUACAAAACUAUACCAAAUUGUGAACCAUGUCGGCCCUUACAAAGAUCCCCUAUAGAAGGGUUCUAUUUGUCUGGUGACUACACAAAGCAAAAGUAUUUGGCUUCAAUGGAAGGUGCUGUUUUGUCGGGGAAGUUUUGUGCACAGGCAAUUGUUCAGGAUUAUGAGCUGCUCUGUGCUCGGGCAGAAACAAGGACUGCCAAGGCAAACAUUUGCUAGCAACGUUGAAUGUUUGACAACUUGGGUGUCUGUUGAUGACCCUGUCACCAUUCUUUUAUACCAUUUGCCAUGUUGAUUUGUUAGCAUAUAUAUGAUUCUGUAUUAGAUCUGAAUUCAAGAAAAGGGAUGUCACCCUUCUAUAACUUCUAUAAUGUAAUCCUGUUCUGAUAAAUGAAAUUGUGUUUUUCCAA